AUGCCCCAGAGUCGACAGCCAAUCAUAUGGGGGUUGGGCAUCUCUUUCUCCAUCAUUGCUAUUGCGGCUGUCGUGCUUCGAUUUUGGGCUCGCCGAAUCAAAGGCCAAAACUUGGGAUCUGAUGACUGGACCAUUCUGGUGGCUCUGAUACUCGGGCUUUCUGUAACAAUAGACAUGCUUAUUAUGACCCAGCUCGGCGGUCUUGGUAGUCACUCAGAGUUCAAUGCCGAUGGAACCCCUCUCAAUCCUAAGGCUGCUAUAGUCCUCGCUAAGACAAUAUACGCGCUUGAGGUACUUACAUGGCCUGCGGUGGGAAUGACUAAAAUCAGCGUUCUUCUGAUGUACAAACGUAUUUUUAGCACUCCAAGAUUCCAGAUAGUGACCUGGAUAAUGAUCGGAGUCAACGUCGCCUGGAUCUUAACAUUUACAUUUGCGCUUAUGUUCUCGUGCUUGCCAAUUGCGGGGCCAUGGACGGGGACAGAGUAUAAAUGUGUCAAUCAAGAGAUUCUAUUUACCGUCGCUUUGGCGACAGAUGUCGCCACAGACUGCAAGUCAUUCUGUGUCUCGACCGAACAAGAAACUCACUCGUGUGCUAGUUUUGGCAUCUUCUGUCUGGGUGGUUUGGUUAGCAUCGUCGGCGUCGUUCGAAUUCACUUUUUAACCACAAUCUAUUUCUUCCUAUAUUCCAGUCAUACCCAGCCGGAUAUCACAUGGCUCUAUGCGCCAACCUACUACUGGACCAUCAUUGAAACCAAUGUCGGUGUCUUAAGCGCACGUCUUCCCACACUCCGUCCAAUCCUAGAGCGUGUCACAUAUAGCCGCCAAUUUUCACAACUUACCCAUCUUUUCUCCUCAUCGAGCACUAAGACAGGUGAUAUCCGUCUUGGUUCCGUUGAAGACUUAAAUUCGAACAAGAGACCCAGUGAAAGGGUCAGCUCCGUGUAA